AUGUUACUAUCACCACAGUCCCUUUCGUUUCUCUUUAUUGGAACGGCGUUCAAGUUAGCCGCCGGUUCCUCGGACGCUGCUGGCCACCCAUAUCUCGAAUGGCGUUCAUCUGCCAGCUCCGCUAGUUGCUCGGUCACGUGCGAAAAGCUCGCCACCAAGUUCCCUGACCAGGUCAACCUCGGUGCAACCAACGGUACAGACUAUGUGGCGUCCCGGGAAGGCUUCUGGUCUACUAUCCAAGGCGACGUAUCUCCCUCCUGCUUCUUUCGGCCUCUCGAUGCCACUGAGGUCUCAGUCGCCCUGAAAGAUGUUCAGAGGACAGGCUGUCAGUUUGCAGUCAAGAGUGGAGGUCACUACUCUUACACAGCUUCGACAAUUGAGGGAGGUCUUGUGAUCGAUCUAAUUCGGCUGAAUGGUAUUACACUGAGCGAAGACAACAGCUCAGCGAUCGUAGAGCCUGGAAAUACUUGGGCUUCCACAUAUGAGAGCCUUCAAAAGUCCGGGGUGACCAUCCCUGGCGGUCGCAUGUUUGGUGUAGGCGUCGGUGGACUCACCCUUGGUGGUGGCGUUUCUUGGCUCAGCAAUCGCUAUGGAUGGACUUGUGACAACGUCAUCGAGUUCGAGAUCGUCUUGGCUAGCGGUGAAAUUGUGACUGCAUCCACAACAUCAAAUCCAGACCUCUACUGGGCUCUUCGAGGAGGUGGCAGCAACUUCGGUGUCGUCACCAAGUUCAAGUUCAAUACAUUCCAACAGGAAAAGAUGUGGUACGCGAAGCUCCGUUACAACGCCACGGAAAAUAACACGGCCAACGCAGCUUUCGCGGACUGGGGCACAGUGCAGUCCCCCAAGGAUUUGAGCAACGCGGCAGUCUUGUCCUGGAAUGCACAAGCGAACGGCACUCCCAUCGGAGUCGCAAUCUUAGUGCACCAGAAGACGUUUGACAACACCACUCACCCUCCCGUCGUUGACAAGUUCUACGACUCCAAGCCAUCAGCCGUCGAACCGACUAAUGUCUUCCACGCAGAUAUUGCCGAGAACCUCCUGUUCCCCGCCAGUGUCUUGCGAAGUUCUCUGUGGACCACUUCCUUCGUCCUCGACGCUGACUUACUGCAAGUCGUGUUCGAGAUCUGGAAUGAAGAAGCCAGCGCGCUUGCUUCCAUCUCCAUCCAGCAAAUCCAGAUCCAGGCCAUCACCAAGUCUCAGCUCGAAUUAAUGCAGCGAAACGGCGGCAAUACCCACGGACUUGGAGGACAGCCGAGGCCUCUUGGAUUUGUCAACCUAUGGUCGAGGUGGCAAAAUGCGAAAGACGACGAUGCCAUUUACAGAGCCCAGCAGCGUAUGGAAGAGAGAAUCAACAAGGUGGCAGAUGAGAUGGGCCUUGCUUCGGGCUAUAAGUACACAAACUACGCCAGCCAGUUCCAGGACCCGUUUGCUGGUUAUGGUCAGGAUAACAAGGACCGCUUGAGAUCAAUCUCUCAGAAGUAUGAUCCGACGGGCGUGUUCCAGGAACUCUCCCCUGGUGGUUUCAAGGUCACCAAAGGUGCUCCACAGAUCCUCUAAGUGUGGUGGCAAGAGUGGUCUCUUGCGUAAACGAUGUUUGUCUAUAAUUCAAGUUCGCUUGCCAGUUUCGCUUUUUCUGCUGAUUUACAACUUGGACUUUGUUUCCUCCUCACGGCCC